AUGAAUGUGGUUAUGGCUUGCGGCAGCCUGUUGCUGCUCUGUUUCGCUGCAUCAGCAAACGCGCAGAAGAGCAGCGCCGCGGCGGUGGCGACUCCGUCUCCGGCGCCGGCGCCGGCCACCGAUUACGUGAAUCUGGCUGAUCUGCUGUCGGUGGCGGGGCCGUUCCACAUCUUCCUGAAAUACCUCGAGUCCACGAAGCUGAUCGACACUUUCCAAGACCAAGCCAACAAGACCGAGGAAGGAAUCACCUUAUUCGUGCCCAAAGACGAGGCGUUCUCAUCCAUAAGGAAGCCAGCCUCUCUCUCCAAUCUCACCAACGACCAGCUCAAAUCCGUCCUCGCCUUCCACGCCAUACCGCAUUACUACUCUCUCUCUGAUUUCAGGAACCUCAGCCUGCAGAACCCCAUCCCCACCUUCGCCGGCGGCCCCAAUUUCGGUCUCAACUUCACCGACAACGCCGGCACCAUCCGCAUCGACUCUGGAUGGACUAGCACCAAAGUCAUCAGCGCCGUGCACGCUGCCGAUCCCGUUGCAAUCUACGAGACCGAUAAAGUCCUUCUCCCUGAAGCAAUCUUCGGCACCGACAUCCCGCCGUUGCCCCCGGCUCCGGCUCCGGCUCCUGCAGCGGAGCCACCUGCGGCCGACAGCCCUCCGCAGGGAGCUGAUAAAGGUUCUUCCUCCUCCUCCUCUUCAUCCUCGAAAUCUGCGGCUACAUCUUCUCGUAGGAAUAUUGGUUUCGGCCAUGUGGUGACGGCGAUUGUGGGUGUGCUGCUCAUGUUAUGCUGCUGAUAGCCUCCUCGUUUAUUUCUUUGUUUGUCUUGUUGAGUAUGAGUUUAAUUUAAUUACAUUACAUUCAUGGAUCACUGCAUACCCAUUUUUCCUUAAUAACUUUUACGCCAUUUUUUAUAGCUAUUCAUUUUCCAUCUACACCACCAUUACAAUACAUGUAUUAUGUUAUGUAUAUGAUGAGGCCCCAUGUAUGUAUGUAUACCUACCUCCCCAACCUUGUUGCUGGAGAAUGUAUCAAUUGCAUUUCAUUAUAUUCCAACAUUUUUUUAAGAUAA